AUGUAUAUCUCUACACUGGCCAUCGUCAUUUCCUGUGUCUCUUUAAGUGCUGCAGUCACUGUUACAUACAGUGGAUUCUACGAUGACGAUACUGUCUCACUCACUGAGUUAGCAUGCUGGAAAGGAGGGCGCAUCGUCGAAGGUCAAGAUUGGGCAAAACUCGGCGAAGUCACGUAUCAGAUAGCGGGCUUUGAAGGUGUUGAUCGACCAGACUCCCCAUUAUGCGGCACUUGCUGGUCGCUCAGCUAUGGAGAUAUCAGUCGAUCGGUUGUUGUUCUUAAUAGCGCUCAAGCUGAGUCUGGGUUUGAGACUUCGUUCACUGUUAUGAACUCUCUUACGGGUGGUAGGGCUGAGCAACUUGGUCGCGUCAAUAUUACUGCGUACCAGACGGAGCUUUUGGAUUGUGGUAUUGCGACUGAGCCAACGGAGGAGGAGCGCAAGAUGGUUGUUGGCGGUAACUGGUACUCAAACUGGCUUUAUAACAAUUUCACAUAA